UCAUUAUAUGUGCUUUGGGUACGGGAAUUACUUUAUGGUACUAGUAUUUUUAAUGAGGCUGGCUGUCUCUCCAGAUUAUGAACUUUCUGAGGGAGGAGGCAUCUCCUUAUUCCUUACUUGAUAUCUGCUUGAAUUUCCUGACUACUCACCUUGAGAAGUUCUGCUCAGCAAGACAAGAUGGAACAUUGUGUCUGCAGGAACCUGGAGUAUUCCCACAGGAGGUGGCUGAUCGGCUACUUCAGACCAUGGCUUUUCAUGGUCUCCUGAAUGAUGCAACUGUAGGUAUUUUUAGGGGCAACCAGAUGCGCUUAAAACGAGCUUGCAUUCGCAAAGCCAAAAUCUCUGCUGUUGCUUUCCGGAAAGCCUUCUGCCACCACAAGUUAGUGGAACUUGAUGCCACAGGUGUGAAUGCUGACAUCACAAUUACAGACAUCAUCAGUGGGCUCGGCAGUAACAAAUGGAUCCAGCAAAAUCUCCAGUGCCUCGUGCUGAACUCACUAACUCUCUCCCUCGAAGAUCCUUAUGAGCGGUGCUUUAGCCGACUUUCUGGCCUUCGAGCAUUAAGCAUCACCAAUGUUCUGUUUUACAAUGAAGACCUGGCUGAAGUUGCCUCAUUGCCAAGAUUAGAGAGCCUGGAUAUUUCUAACACCUCGAUCACAGACAUCACGGCUCUCCUGGCCUGCAAAGACCGACUCAAGUCUCUAACCAUGCAUCACUUGAAAUGUUUAAAAAUGACAACUACCCAGAUACUGGAUGUUGUUCGAGAACUAAGACACCUGAAUCAUCUUGAUAUUUCAGAUGAUAAACAGUUUACAUCAGACAUAGCUCUUCGAUUACUAGAACAAAAGGACAUCCUGCCCAACCUCGUCUCCUUGGAUGUUUCUGGGAGGAAGCAUGUGACAGACAAAGCUGUUGAAGCUUUUAUUCAGCAACGGCCCAGCAUGCAGUUUGUAGGUUUGCUGGCCACUGAUGCUGGCUACUCUGAAUUCCUCACAGGCGAAGGACAUUUGAAGGUGUCUGGAGAAGCCAAUGAAACUCAGAUUGCAGAAGCAUUGAAGAGAUACAGUGAACGGGCCUUCUUUGUCCGAGAAGCUCUAUUUCACCUUUUUAGCUUGACUCAUGUGAUGGAAAAAACAAAGCCAGAAAUUUUAAAGCUUGUGGUUACUGGGAUGAGAAACCACCCUAUGAAUUUGCCAGUGCAGCUUGCUGCAAGCGCCUGUGUGUUUAAUUUAACCAAGCAGGAUCUUGCUGCAGGAAUGCCUGUCCGACUCCUGGCUGAUGUGACCCAUUUGCUGCUCAAAGCCAUGGAACAUUUUCCCAACCACCAGCAGUUACAGAAGAAUUGCCUCCUUUCACUUUGCAGUGACCGAAUUCUUCAAGAUGUUCCAUUCAACAGGUUUGAAGCAGCCAAGCUUGUCAUGCAGUGGCUCUGCAACCAUGAGGAUCAAAACAUGCAGAGGAUGGCAGUUGCUAUCAUUUCCAUUCUGGCUGCCAAGCUUUCUACAGAGCAGACAGCCCAGCUUGGUGCUGAGCUCUUCAUCGUCCGGCAACUUCUUCAAAUAGUGAAGCAGAAAACCAAUCAAAAUUCAGUGGACACUACUUUGAAGUUUACUUUGAGUGCACUUUGGAACCUCACAGAUGAAUCUCCAACCACUUGCAGACACUUUAUUGAAAAUCAAGGGUUAGAACUCUUCAUGAGGGUUCUAGAGUCAUUCCCAACCGAGUCAUCCAUUCAACAGAAAGUCCUAGGACUUUUGAACAAUAUAGCUGAAGUACAAGAAUUGCAUUCUGAAUUAAUGUGGAAGGAUUUUAUAGACCACAUCAGUAGUCUUCUACAUAGUGUUGAAGUGGAAGUCAGUUACUUUGCAGCUGGAAUUAUUGCCCACUUAAUAUCUAGAGGUGAACAAGCUUGGACAUUGAGUCGCAGCCAGAGGAAUUCUCUUUUGGAUGAUCUGCAUUCAGCUAUUUUGAAAUGGCCAACUCCAGAGUGUGAGAUGGUAGCAUACAGGUCCUUUAAUCCAUUUUUCCCGUUACUUGGCUGUUUCACAACACCUGGAGUCCAGCUAUGGGCAGUUUGGGCCAUGCAACAUGUCUGCAGCAAGAAUCCUUCAAGGUACUGCAGCAUGCUGAUUGAGGAAGGAGGGUUGCAGCAUUUAUACAACAUCAAAGAACACGAACAGACUGAUCCCCAUGUCCAACAGAUUGCUGUGGCCAUUCUGGACAGCUUAGAAAAACACAUUGUACGCCAUGGGAGGCCACCUCCCUGUAAAAAGCAAUCCCAGGCCAGACUAAACUGAUAGCUAUAGGUAAUUGGAUAAUGGAGUCACAGAAAUUCUUCUUGUGAUAAGUUCACUUGGAAUAGCUUACCCUCUGUGAUGUUUGGGGGGUUUCUCUGAUAAGAGUCAUAAGAUGAGCAUGGGAUUGACAAUGUACAGUACUGCCCAUGUGAACAGUCUCUGAUUUGUCUUGUGAUUUUUAACUUAUUAGGCAAGAAGGGUCUCUUCCUUCAUCGUUGCCUUUUAGGAAGAUUUCCACAUCUUUCAGUGUUUGAACUUACCUGUGCUUAAAAUUCUACAGUUUUAUGAAGUUUGCACGAACCCUUAGGCCAGACUUUUCUGAUUUUUAAAGUCCCUUCCAAUCAAUUUGCAGCUUCAGAUAAGCUGUUAACUUGAUUGCUGGCACUGCUUCAAUUGUAAAUUUUAUACUGCUUCUGUAUAAAAUGCCUUUAUUCUCUGUCUGUGUAUCUUUUAUAAGAUGUCCUUCUUAGUGUGAAAGAAUGGAAAGAGUCCUCCCCUUGUGAAAGCUACUUACUGGCUAGUGCCAGGAUGGCUGGCAGAAAAUGUAUUAAAAACUACUAAGGGAGAAUAGAGGUUAGGAACUGGGAAAAGGCCUGCUCUUGAGGUAUUUUUAAACUGGGACUGGCUAAUCUUCUGGAACCCACCUCUCCUAAGACACUGAGCAGUAGCUUGUUCUUUGCAUUAAUUUUUGGAGGCGUGAACUGCUGCUUCCUAUACAGACUGCAGGUUACUCUCUAGAAAUAUUUCUCCAAGCUACCACGGUGUAAAAUAUUACAGCAUUCUGUGUUAGAGAUUAAUUAACUGUCUGAAUCUCUUUAUGUCAUAUUGUGAAAAAAUCGUCUCUUGCUAAAACUGACCAUUCUUUUUUCUCUAUUUCGAAGUCAUUUUGUUUGGUGGAAUAGAGACCAUAUAUGGUGUUACCUGCUCACUUAAAAUAAUAAUUAACAACAGUAAAUUUUGCCACAAGAAGUUAAUUUUCUUUUGUUUCAAAAUACAUGUAUCUUACUGUUUUCAUGUUGGGGAAAGAUAUCCACAUCUCACUGCCAAAAAUAAAUAAAUAAAGAAGAAUUAGAUGAUUGUUAAAUGUAAUGAUUCUAGUUGCAAUGCAGAAAAGGAAAUAUUUUGUGAUAGGUUAUUUUUUAGACAGUUGUCUUUUCUUCAGGAGAGUUGUUAUAGUAAAGAAUCAGUUAUCAAUAAUGGCAGUUGGGAGGCAGCAAGUCACCAAAAGAGUUAUUUUCCAUUUUAAAUUUUAGGUUGUGAAUAAGGUUAACCUGCAGUCUUAGAUAACUGCUUUUUUUUCAUAGAUGGCCAAAAUGUUUUCAAUAGAGAUUUUAAAUGGUACAUUCAAAUCAUUGUGAUAAUUCAGAAGCAUUUUUAUUUAGAAAGGAGCUGGCUUAUUAGUAUGCUGUUAACAUUUUGUCAUACAUGUUUCAUACCACUAUCAUAAUAAUCAUACUUGAAUUAUUUGGUACUCCUUCACAGAAAUAAAAACUAAAAAAAAAUAGGUAUUUAGAAUUACUAAAAACCAUUUUAAAUUGUGGGUUAAUUCUGACUCAAGGAAUUUUUAUAGGUGUAAGAUAAAUUUUCACAGAUUAAGUAUUUCAAAGGAAAUGGAAAAUUCUUUUUAAAAUGUCCCCUUUUCCUGGAUUUAAAUAUAUAAGGCAAAAUGUAGAAAAUAGGAUGUCCUACAGUAGCUUAGAAGUUGCUAGCUGUGUGGACCAUUUCCAGGUCUUCUGGCUUGUGUAGUUAAGGAAAAGCCUAUUUGAGAAGUUUGGCUUUAAGUUUCUGUUGUAUCCUAUUCAAAACAAAAGUACAUGCUCCUUGUAGGCUAAUCCUAGGUUUUUUGUCUUUAUAAAUUGUUUUCAAAUAUGGCUAAAAAUGUAUGGAAAACAAUUAACCCCUUCAUUACUCAGAAUAACUUGUUGAUGGAUGAAGACUCAAAUAUAUUUAAAUUGAAAUUUACUAUUUUGAGCACUGGUAAUGGCCAGAUACUUCUGAGUCUUAAAAGCAAAAUAAUUAGGCACAUCUCAGAUAGAUAAAAUUUUUAGUGCCUUUGUGAUUGGGAUGACUCUUAAAAUUGUGUAUCUAAUUAUGGCACGGAAUUGUCUAUAAGGUCUUAGAUCUGACUGCAAUUCAGUAUAUAUAUAUAUAAAUUGAGGGCUUUCCUGGUGGCUCAGAUGGUAAAGAAUCUGCCUACAAUGCAGGAGA